UUUAAUGUUAAAGAUUGGCAUACGUUAAUUCAUUCUCAAAACGUGAAUAUAAACUUGUUGUCAAGUGUGUUAAACUUUCGAAUUUGGACAAUUUAUCACAUAUUUCGGAUACAGAAACAUCCAUUUAAGGUAGUCAAAAGUAUCUAUGGCUCACAGAUUCCGAUCAACUUACGGAAGUAUAUCUUUGAAAGAUUUGAAAAAUAUUUACAGUGGCCCUGAACGUGUGAACAGAAUAGAACUAGCAUGUCAAGAAUCUAAAUUAAAUCGAAAGUUAGAAAAGAGAGAAAAGAUGAUAGAGGAGGUCAACAAAAUGACAUUUGAAAAGAGAUAUAGGAAAAGGCUUAACGACUAUGUACCGGAAUUUAAAACCUAUUUACCAAAAGCUCCAGCUUUCAGAGAGGCAGAUAACUCACAAGUAGACGAGAUCGUGGGUAGGUUAUAUAAAACACAAGAGAGACUACCAAGAAAAUCUGCCAAAAGUUGUGACAGUCAAAAAAGUCGAUCUAGCAACAAAUUGACUUAUUCGGAAUCGGAAUUGAACAUGGUUUAUGAACGAUUACACCAAGCGGAAACACAAACUUUUCGUAAUAGACAAGUUUUCCGCUGAAUAAAACGUUUGGUUUGUUAAAUAUUUAUAAUUUUUGCAUGAAGGCAAUA